AUGUGUGAUGGACUGCUAGCUGGCGCUUACACAUAUAUACGACGAACGUGUGCAGCUCCUGAGCAAUGGCAGGUUCAAGAACGCGGAUCACCGGCGGUGGUGAACUCAGAGUGCAGCCGCCUGUCCAUCGCCACGUCCCAGAACCCGGCGCCCGACGCGACAGUGUACCCGAUGGCCGUGCGGGACGGGGAGGCGCCCAUACUGGACCAGUCCAUCACCUUCGCCGAGAUGUACCGCCGCAAGAUGGCGCGCGACAUUGAGCUUGCCAAGCUCAAGAAGCAGGCCAAGGCCGAGAAGCGGCUGCAGAAGAGUGCCAAGGAGUUCGCCGCGCUGAAUGCCAACAAGUUCACCGUGCCGACUGCCAAGGAAUUCGCCGUGCCCAACGCCAACAAGCCUCUCGACGACAUUCUUGCCUGA